GGCAGGUGCAGGUGCAGGUCGUGUGCGAAGCUCCGGUGCAUCAUGAUGUUGUUGUGUGUGAUAGUACCCGAUUCUCUCUAGUGUUUGCUGCUAUGCGAAUGCUCACGUAUCUUCGUUUCGUGUUUUCUGUUUUGGUCAGUCCUCCCAUCCACGCCCGUCAUGACCACGGUACGCACGCACGCAUGUCUAUACUAUGUAUUGUCUAGUUUCUCCUCGUGCAAGGAAGAUCAUCCCGCUUUUUUUCUAAUAGCCACAACGACCUCAAUAGUGCUGCCCGUUUGCGACGUCUUUCUAUUACCUUGUAGGUGCGUUACGCACCUCCUGCUCAGACAGAUCUCGAAGGUGCGAAACGGUCGCCUGCGAUGUAUGAUGCCCGUGGGCAGUUCAGCAUGGCGACUAUCAAAACGUUCCAAUAAUAUGCGGCAGUCGUCGACGUCGUAGACAAACGCACACGACACGUUGACCCCGACCAUGACAGCCAACUCGAGCGCAAUCAACUGCAUUAAUCCAAUACAACAACCGAACAGCAAAGAUACACCG